UGUGUGUCUCUCUCUCUCUCUGCAUUGCAGCCCAGCGCUGGCUGCUGGAAGUCAAACCCAAAUGGCGACGUCCAGCUCCAGUAGUAACCCUUCAUCCUCCUCCUCCUCCUCCUCCAGCUGCGCACAGCAGCACCCGAGCCAGAGCCCGCAGCAGCACAUCAGCAGCAGCAGCAUGAGCACCAUGAGCAGCAUGCAAGGCUUUCAGAUAAACCUGUCUGGACUUCCCCAAAGUAAACGUAAAGCCCUGAAGUUAAAUUUCGCCAGUCCUCCAGUCAAAACUACUUCCAGAAUCACUCUGAACACUGCCGGACUUCCUUUCCAGAACCCACACAUAGAACGGCUGCGGACACACAGUAUCGAGUCGUCCGGGAAGCUGAAGAUCUCUCCGGAGCAGCACUGGGACUUCACGGCGGAAGACCUGAAGGAUCUCGGGGAGAUCGGUCGAGGAGCGUAUGGAUCCGUCAACAAGAUGGCGCACAAGCCCAGUGGACAAAUCAUGGCUGUCAAAAGGAUCCGGUCGACGGUGGACGAGCGCGAGCAGAAGCAGCUGCUGAUGGAUCUAGACGUGGUCAUGAGGAGCAGCGACUGCCCCUACAUCGUCCAGUUUUACGGAGCUCUCUUCAGAGAGGGAGACUGCUGGAUAUGCAUGGAGCUCAUGUCCAUCUCCUUCGACAAAUUCUACAAAUUCGUUUAUUCCUCUUUAGACGAAGUGAUUCCAGAGGAGAUUUUAGGGAAAAUAACGUUAGCUACUGUGAAAGCACUUAACCACUUAAAAGAAAGCUUGAAAAUUAUUCACAGAGACAUAAAGCCAUCAAAUAUCCUCCUGGACCGGAAGGGCAACAUUAAGCUGUGUGAUUUUGGCAUCAGCGGACAGCUGGUGGACUCCAUCGCCAAAACCAGAGACGCCGGAUGCAGACCGUAUAUGGCACCGGAGAGGAUAGACCCCAGCGCCUCCAGACAGGGAUAUGAUGUGCGCUCAGACGUCUGGAGUUUGGGAAUCACACUGUACGAACUGGCCACAGGACGGUUCCCCUACCCGAAGUGGAACAGUGUGUUCGAUCAGCUGACGCAGGUGGUGAAGGGCGACCCGCCGCAGCUCAGCAGCUCCGAGGAGAGGCAGUUCUCCCCCAAAUUCAUCAACUUCGUCAACCUGUGCCUUACAAAGGACGAGUCAAAGAGGCCAAAGUACAAAGAGCUUCUGAAACAUCCCUUCAUUCAGAUCUACGAGGAGCGUACGGUGGACGUGGGCAGUUACGUCUGCACGAUCCUGGAUAAGAUGCCCGCGUCUCCCAGCUCCCCGAUGUCCAUGGACUGACACACACACUUGCGCGUCUGAACACGGUGUAGAUUUGCUUCAUCACAGAACUACAGUAUUAAAACGGGAAAACGUACACACGAGCACCGCAGAACGGUGUUUAAUUCAAGCUCGACUGUAAUAUACCUCCUACCCAUGAUUCCCUCUCUCACUCUCUCUCUGUCUCGUCACACACACAUCUGUAAAGCGUAUAAACACACACACAGGCGUCUGAUGGGACACACGCGACGGUCUCUCUCUCUCUCUCUGUCUCUUGUGGAUGCAGGAUAGUGAUUUUAAACCGAUAUAAAAUAAUGAAUAAUAAUAAGCCUGGAAUUGUAUUUAUACUUCUGAAAUGAUGAUUGGGACGCCGUCGCCGUACUGGAAUCUGCUCGUGUCCGGUCCCCCCCCCCCUCUUCAUGUAUGUGAUAUUAAACGCGUGUUUUGUAUGUAAAGGUGACGCAGAGGUGGCCGGGCUUUCUGUAACGAGGACAUCUAUCCUCACUGUACAACGAAUAUGUGUUGAUAUUAUAAAUAAAACUGAGGAAUAUGGAAACGA